AUGGCUACAUCAAUGCACCUAUCGAAGCUCCGAAAUUGGUUCCUCGCGUCUCCGCCGGCCGAGUUCAUCAUAGCCAAGCUGCGCGAGCUAUUGAUCGGAGCGCUCAAGCAAGGGCCGGUCCCACAGCACAUUGCAUUUGUUAUGGACGGGAAUCGGAGAUUUGCAAGAUCGCAUGGCAUUGAGACCGUGGAGGGGCAUAAUCUGGGAUUCGAGGCUCUGGCAAGGAUCCUUGAAGUCUGCUACAAAUGUGGUGUGAAAGUUGUGACCAUAUAUGCGUUUAGCAUCGAGAAUUUCAAACGCUCCAAGUUCGAGGUGGAUGCAUUGAUGGAUAUGGCCAAAGUGAAAUUGCAACAGAUGGCACAGCACGGAGAUCUUUUGGAUCGCUACGGAGCAAAGGUUCGAGUGCUGGGUCGGCUGGACUUGUUGAAGCCCGACGUCCUUGACGCGGUGAAUCGAGCUGUGGAAAUGACCAGCCGCAAUGGUGAACGUGUCCUUAACAUCUGUUUUCCAUAUACAUCACGAGAUGAAAUCACCGGUGCUAUUCGCGAUACUGUCGCCGAUUACUCAAAGCCCCUGCAAUCCAUCCGCUCAAACUCUUCCGCGCGAACACCAUUCUCCGAGGCUCAAAUUGCGCUCAAAAUCCGUGCUCAAGCACAGAGUGCGAAGGUGGAACAAGAUACAAUUAGUGAUAACGAAUCUACCUCCGUGUCCUCCAUACCAGAAGAAGAUCCAAGUGACAGAAGUGAAGGUCCAGACAGAGUCUACGAAGCGGGUUCCGGGUUCUCCUCCUCUACAACACUACAUCUCGGUGGGCAUCAAGACGCGGCGAAUGGGAAGGCUCCAGAGCUAGGGAACGCAUCGGAAUCGGGAAAGAUUGUCUUUCCAUCACCAGACACCAUCACCCGUCAGACACUAACAGAUCAUAUGUUGACCAAGGGCAACCCCCCACUUGAUCUGCUGGUCCGAACAUCUGGAGUGGAACGUCUUAGUGACUUCAUGCUCUGGCAGUGCGAUGAGGACACCGAAAUUGUCUUCCUGGAUGUUCUGUGGCCCGAGUUUGAUUUGUGGCAUUUCCUGCCUGUCCUUCUCAGCUGGCAGAGGAGGAUCUCUAAGUCGAAAAAGAACCCCGACGCUGAAGGAAACUUUGAUGGUGACAUCAGUGAAAAUUCUGAUGCCGAACUCCAUUCCGGUGGAAAGGUCAAAGGCUUGUAA